CAGACCGGAGCUGGACACAGAGGACUGGAGAGAGCUGCAGAGUUUAAUGCUGACGAGCUGCCCAGUUUGAGCUGAAGAGUUUAAAACAUGAAGACUCCUGGAGCUGUGCUGCUGCUGCUGUGGUCUGCGCUGGUUGUGGUUGCAGCAGAGCAGAGCUGCCUGACUGAGGUCCGCGGCAUGCAGAGAGAGCUGAUCACUCUGGUAGAGCAGCAGAGAGAGGAGCUCCGGCUGGCUAAAGCGCAAGUGGAGAAACAGAUAGACGCACUGAAGAACGAAGCAGUCAGGCCCUCUAACGUGGCCUUUUCCACCUCCUUCUCUGUGAAGACUGACAAACACAUCGGACCCUUGAAGACGGACACCACCCUGCUAUUCGACCUCGUCUUCACCAACGUCGGCAAUGCCUACGACACAACCACAGGUCUGUUCACUGCCCCGUUGAAAGGCGUCUACCAGUUCAACUACCACAUCUUUGCCGGAGGCGACCAAGGAGCUGGCCACGGAGCUGGAGCCAAGCUCUUCAAGAACAAGGAUGAGGUGGUGACCGCCUACAACCACGUGGCCCCUCACGACAUCAACACGUCCCAGAGCGUGAUCCUGCAGCUGCAGGAGGGCGACACGGUGUGCUUGCUCCUGGAGGCUGGCUGGUGGGUCGCGGCCUACACCGGACAUCUCACCACCUUCAGUGGACAUCUCCUCUUCGCCGUCGGGUAUUAAUAAAGUCAAGCAUCUCUCUAUCUAUCUCUCUCUUUCUAUAUACCUUUCAGCUUCUCAUGUGAUUUGGCGAUCUGCUCAUCUGUGCCAGCGGUGCUGAUUCGUCUGCAUGUGCAGAUGGUUUCACUAUGUUGUGUUAAGAUCCAAAUAAAAUGACCA